UCCGCCCCUUCAGGUGCGGGAAGUCUGAAGCCGGCAAACAUGGCCGUCACCUACUCUCUCAGCCGGCCUGCGACUGCCUUGGUAGCGGUGUUGCUCUUGUCUUUCGGCAGCGUGGCCGCUAGUCAUAUCGAGGAUCAAGCAGAACAAUUCUUUAGAAGUGGCCAUACAAACAACUGGGCUGUUCUGGUGUGUACGUCCCGAUUCUGGUUUAAUUAUCGACAUGUUGCAAAUACUCUUUCCGUUUAUAGAAGUGUCAAGAGGCUAGGUAUUCCUGACAGUCACAUUGUCCUAAUGCUUGCAGAUGAUAUGGCCUGUAAUCCUAGAAAUCCCAAACCAGCUACAGUGUUUAGUCAUAAGAAUAUGGAACUAAAUGUGUAUGGAGAUGAUGUGGAAGUGGAUUAUAGAAGUUAUGAGGUAACUGUUGAGAAUUUUUUACGGGUAUUAACUGGGAGGAUCCCACCUAGUACUCCUCGGUCAAAACGUCUUCUUUCUGAUGAUAGAAGCAAUAUUCUAAUUUAUAUGACAGGACAUGGUGGAAAUGGUUUCUUAAAAUUUCAAGAUUCUGAAGAAAUUACCAACAUAGAACUUGCGGAUGCUUUUGAACAAAUGUGGCAGAAAAGACGCUACAAUGAGCUACUGUUUAUUAUUGAUACUUGCCAAGGAGCAUCCAUGUAUGAGCGAUUUUAUUCUCCUAACAUAAUGGCUCUAGCUAGUAGCCAAGUGGGAGAAGAUUCACUCUCGCAUCAACCUGAUCCUGCAAUUGGAGUCCAUCUUAUGGAUAGAUACACAUUUUAUGUCUUGGAAUUUUUGGAAGAAAUUAACCCAGCUAGCCAAACUAAUAUGAAUGACCUUUUUCAGGUGUGUCCCAAAAGUCUGUGUGUGUCUACUCCCGGACAUCGCACUGAUCUUUUUCAGAGGGAUCCUAAAAAUGUACUGAUAACUGAUUUCUUUGGAAGUGUACGGAAAGUGGAAAUUACAACAGAGACUAUUAAUUUGCAACAGGGUUCGGAAAUCAUGGAAAGCAGCUAUAAGGAAGACCAGAUGGAUGAGGAACUAAUGGAACCUCUGAAAUAUGCUGAACAACUUCCUGUAGCUCAGAUAAUACACCAGAAACCAAAGCUGAAAGACUGGCAUCCUCCUGGGGGCUUUAUUCUGGGAUUAUGGGCACUUAUUAUCAUGGUUUUCUUCAAAACUUACGGAAUUAAGCAUAUGAAGUUCAUUUUUUAGAUUUGAUGAUGAGUGAAGAAAGCAUGGAAGACUGCAACCUUGGAUAAUAAUUUAUGUCAUUAUAUAUUUUUAAAAAUGUGUUUCUCGUGUGUGAAUUGGAAAUAAGUAUAAGGAAACUAAAUUUGAAUCAACUAUUAAUUUUAUAACUUAAAGAAAAAUAAUUGUUAAUACAAUUGUGUGAUGGCACAAAAUAUAUUCCAGUUUUGUAUUUUGUGUAUUAUAAAAAAGAUCAGAGUACAUUGAUUGUUUUUGAAAAUAGUAAUUUCCCCUUAUCCCCUUUUCAUUUGGAAAAGAAAAAAAUUGUGAAGACGUUAAAUUCUCACUAACAGAGGUAACUUUGGUUAAUUAUUUUCUGUAUAUCCUCCCAAUCUUUUGACUUAUGCACAUAUUUUUUUCCCAAUAUGGAGAUCAUAUGGAAUAUACUAUUUUGUAAUAUCUUUUUUCAUCUUACAAUGUAUUAUCAACCUUUUCCCUCUCAAAAAUACAUUGUGAAUAACUGCAUAGUAUCCACUGUAUGAAUAUUUAAUUCAUUUCACAGUCUUCUAUUGUUUGACCACUUACAUUGCACCAAACAUUUUCCUUUGGUUUAUUCUUUAAUGUAUUAAUAUUUUACUGCUGUUCACUCAUGGAAUCCUGCAACUUUAAUUAAAAGCAAAGAUGAAAAAUUGGUUUUUUGAUCUAUGGCACUGACAGUCUCCAGGACCUUAUAUGUUGUCAGUUUAUUUGGGAAAUUUUAGACCUUUGAUAAUUUCACUUAUUGACUGCUCAAGAGAAACAUACCCCAUUAUUUUUCAUUUGUAAGCGUUCUGUGAUCUUCUAGAAUUGGUCACCUCCUUUUCAUUUUCCACCUUGAAAGAGAGAGCCAACAAGGACUUUAUUUCAUUCUGUUUAAGGUAAACCUUGCCCACUGUCUGUAUCUAUACUUUCCCUGAGAAAAAAUCCCAUAAAGUGGAUGGACCUGCGAAGAAAAUGUAUGCUUAUGGCCUAGCCUUCAUGUCUGGCUGAUGUAUCCUAUAAGGCAGUAAGGCCUUUUUCUGGUCUCUGAUAAGAUGCAAGAGCUCACAUCUCCAUCACUGACAUUUUAGCUUGGAAAUAAUAUUGAGGCUGUGCUAUGACCAAGCCCUGAUACUGUUUUUUCUUUUCAAACUUUUGCAUAUGAGUGGAGGAAAAGCCUAAAAGUUCAGCAUUUAUGUCUGGGGGGAUACCUUCAAGUGUCUUACCUGUUUUAUGCAAGAACUUAUGUGUCCAUCUUUAUUCAGUGCAAAGAUCUGUUUUAUAAUUUUGUUUAUGAUUGUAGGUAACAUUAAGAAGACAACUCUUCCUCUACAAGAAAACCUCCUAAAAUAUUCCUUAAGAUUUGUUUUUCCUUUUGCACUUAAAAUAUUACCUUUUAAUUGCAUGCAAGGUUGUCAUACUUUUCACAGGCAAAGGAUUGACUGUGUUAUCUCCCUAGUUAGAACAAAUGAUAUUGAGGCUUUUUGCCAGUUCUGAAUCUUUAUUUUAAUUGAUCUUUUUAUUGGUAUCUUAUAUAAAUGAGGAAGGAAAAUUUUGUCUGAUUAUGUUAAGGAUCUUUCUGUAGGUGAAAAGAAGGGAAAAUAAACUUGCAAUUGAAU